AUGUCGGAUGGCAAUUUUACCGGCACCAACAACGAUACUACGGAACAGAGACAGGGCGUGAAGUCUGGUCGUACUGCAGGUGUUAGAAGCGCCUCGCCUGCCAAGAGGAGCGCGGCGGAUAUGGAAGGCGAGCAGAUGCCGAGAGGGCACGAUGCUAUGGAUACGCAGGAGAGUGUGAGGGAGAGUGUGGAGGAUACGACCGUGAUGGAUACGUCUACUACGAACGGAGGCACCAACAUGACGGAAAGCAAUAACGCUGGCUUGCCCACGAUCGACGAGCAGGUGGAAACCGUGAUGAAGCUCGUACAGAAUCAACAGCUGGAUGAGGGAACCGUUGGAUACGCCGUCUCGAUGAAAUGGCUGGGUCGUGUCAUGUCCCGGUCCACAGCGCGCACGCAAGACUCCACCUUCUCUAAAGAAGCACAACAAGGUGACAUCGGCCCGGUCGACUGCGCGGACAUCGUGCCCGAUGGCGCCUGGGAGGACCCGGUUCUCAAGGGGCCCGAAGGCAAACAUUUCAUCCCACUCAAACCUGGCUUGACCAUUGGCGACGAUUUUCAAGUGCUCCCAGAGAAGGCGUACGGCUUGAUUGUCGGUUGGUAUGGCAAUGUGCAAGGCCAGAAGCCAAUUUGUCGCUUUGUGCACAACACUGCCGGCGAAGAAGCGACUCAGCAGAACAUGCAGUAUGAGCUGUAUCCGCCCGUCAUUACCGUGCGAAAGAUUCCUCAACUACGGCCAGAGACCGAGGACCCUCCUCCAGCGUCGAAGAAGACAUCGUAUGCCGAGCUGCGCUUAAAGGAAGAGCGUCGGUCUCGUGGACAGCUGUCUCCUGAAGAUGCUGUUCAGCUGGUGUCGUCACAGUCGGAACGCUUCAAUGACUUCCUGAAACGGAGUAAAGAGGCUGCUGGUAUUCCGCGGGAUCACAAGGUCAGGAUCUUCCGGCUACUCGACGCAUCACAGGUCACUGUUGUCGGGCCGACAAGUCAGCGAAACGGAGUCCUGUCGCCGCCUCUGUCCCGUAGCGGAUCUCCCAGAGCCGCUCGCGCACCGAAGUCGAAGCUGAUCCUGGACCUGGAGACCUUCAACGCCAUGGAACUGGGCAAGGACAUGGAGCACAUUGACGCGAAAGAUGCCACCAACGACAGCAACUACAACGGCAAAAGCACCAUGCAGGUGUAUAGCCUGUUCCAUGACACGAUCAUCGCCCUGGAAGAGAUGAUUGGGGGCCCGGCUGGUGGCGAGUUCGCAUCUGAUCGCAAGAAGGAGGGCGGAAGGCUUCCGAUCGCCAGUCGCAUGCUCGGAUCGGUGCCUGGCUCGGCCAACCCCUCUGGGCGGACCAGUCCUGCGCCCACUGGGGGCGGCAUGAUGACUAGAGGUCGCCAACGCCGCGAUGGGCGCACUCAGGGCACGGUCGGGCUCAACAACCUGGGCAACACGUGCUACAUGAACUCCGCACUCCAGUGCAUACGUAGUGUGGAGGAGCUGGCCAUCUACUUCUUGUCGGGCAAGUACAAGUCCGAGAUCAACACCAACAACCCUCUGGGUCACAACGGUGUCAUGGCGAAGCGGUAUGCAGAGUUGUUGAAUUCGAUCUACGCCGAGAACAUCACCACAACGAUCUCGCCGAAUGCGUUUAAGAAAGCACUCGGCAACAUCCAGCCGAUGUUUUCAGGGUACGGGCAGCAGGAUUCGCAGGAGUUUCUCAGCUUCUUGGUCGAUGCGCUGCACGAGGAUCUGAACCGCAUUCAGAAGAAGCCAUACAAUGAGAACCCUGACUCGGACGACAAGACGGUGCACGAUCCGGAAGCCAUCAUCAAGCUGGGCGAAAUCUAUCGCUCCAACCACAAGGCGCGCAACGAUUCCGUCGCGAUGGACCUCUUCAGCGGCUUCUACAAAAACACCAUGGAGUGUCCCGUCUGCGACAAGGUCAGCAUCACGUUCGAUCCGUAUUCACUGUUGACUGUGCAGCUGCCGAUCGAGAGCACUUUCCAACAUAAUGUCACCUUCGUCCCGUACCUGGGCCGACCUGUCAAUCAUUCGAUUGAUAUCGACAAGAACUCUACCAUCAAAAUGCUCAAGGAGUACAUCGCAUCCAAGCACCAUGGCGUCCAAGCCGACCGGCUGUGGAUGGUGGAAGUGUACAGCCACAAGGUGUACAAAGUCUUUGAAAACACCAGCACGCUCGGCGAGAUGGGUAUCCAGCCCAGCGACUACAUUUUCGCCUUCGAGCUGAGUGCCCCGCCUACCAAUUUCCCGUCGCCGUCGGAGAGGAAGAUGUUCUACUCCUCGUUUCCGAAGGCGGAUCCGCUGCCCGAUAUGGAUGAUCCGAAAGCCGACCAGUUCGUCGUUCCGGUGCUCUCGCGGCAGAAAACUCGGAGUGGGUUUGGCUGGGACUGGAUUCUACAUCCUAUGUUCAUUGUGGUCACGCGUGAAGAGGCGCAGAACUACGACGCAAUCUUGAAGAAAGUCCUCUAUGCUGUCUCGCGAUUGACGAGUCGUCGACUCUUGACUGAGAUGGGUGGAGAAGCUGAUGAGUCGACGGAUGAGUCCGCUUCGAAUGUGGAGAUGAAGGACGAGGCUUCUGUCGCGGAAGAGACUGCACAUGUCAGUGAGCGGUCGACUUCUUCGGAGGAGGAGUAUGUGGAGGUGUCGCUUAGCAAAUCGGCGGCCUCCUCACCUUCGAAACAACUCCUGAGAGAGGACCCAGCGCACAAGCACAAUGAAGAUGACCGUCCUGUGCCAUCCGACUACUGGUCACCCAACUACCCCAUUCCCUCGGAUCUGCGCAACAGCUUGUUCGUUCUCAACUACGCCCAGAGUGCAGAAGGCAUGCAUUGCUCCGGCAUGAAUUGCGUCAAGGACAAGUCGGAGCGCAUCAUGCAGGAUCGCGUGAAGCCUCCGGUGCGCAGAUCGUCUGUGCAGUCGUCCUCGUCUGGCGAAGGGUCCACCACUAGCACUGGGUCGGGUACGCAAGCCAACGGCGCUGCAUCAGAAGAGAGCGACGAAGACGAAAUGGACAAGCCGGAUCUCACCGCUGAUCGAAAUGAAAGUAAUUCCUACUUCAUCAAACUGGGCGAGGGAAUUGUUCUGGACUGGUACCCGGAAGCAGUCAGUGCGCUGUUUGGUGGACAAGUCGAAGACGCCGACGACAACCGCGGGCAUUUCGUUUCGUCCCCCGAAGGCAAGGAUCUGCCUGAUUAUCCCGACGCGCAAGUCGAGGAGCGGAAAUAUCGGCGGGAGUCGCGUAAGAAGCAUGGCAUCACGCUCGAAGACUGCUUCGUCGAAACGGGCAAGCGCGAGGUGCUGUCCGAAGACAAUGCGUGGUACUGCAAUCGAUGCAAGGAACUGCGGCGCGCGACCAAGACGCUGGAAAUCUGGACCAUCCCCGACAUCCUCGUUGUGCAUCUCAAGCGCUUUGGCGGGAAUCGCAGCUUCCGUGACAAGAUUGAUGUUCUUGUCGACUAUCCUAUCGAGGGGCUGGAUAUGACGCAGCGUGUCGGGCUGAAGGAAGAUGGCAAGGAGUAUGUGUACGAUUUGUUUGCGGUCGACAAUCAUUAUGGUGGGCUGGGGGGUGGCCAUUACACUGCCGUCGCGAAGAACUUCUACGACGGGCAGUGGUAUGACUAUAAUGACGCGCACUGUAACAAACUCACGGAUCAUAAGAAGUCCGCUGCUGCGUACCUCCUCUUCUACCGCCGCCGCUCCGACCAACCCCUCGGCGGCCCGAUGCUCCAGGAACUCGUCUACGAAGCCCGCAACCCCUCCAUCUCCUCCCAGCACCAACCCGAUAACAGCACCAACGGCGCCGACGCCAGUGCCACCGGCGACGAAUCCGACUCGGGGGAAGGCCGGCUCGGCGGUCCAAAUGGCUCUACAUUCCCUGGGUCGUCGAGCGCAGCCGGAGCCGGAGUCGGGAGC